AUACGUAAUAUUAAUUCUAAAAUCGAAUAAGAGAUCGCAGUUUAUCGUAAUUCGUUGUAACGUUUAUAUAUCAUUAUCCGUUUUGUUUGCAUAGAAGGUAGAAACUCAAAAUGCCGAAGAAGCAAAAAAGUCACAACGCAUUUUAUUAUUUUAUGUUAGAGUGGAGAAAACGUAAAGAAAGAGAGGGUCAUGUUUAUGCAAAUUUUCUGGAAGUUCGAAAUGAUCCCGAAUGUAGUGAGGCAUGGAAGGAAUUAUCACCCUAUGAGAAACAAGUUUAUAUAGAUUUAGCAAAUGAAAAGAAACUUAAACUAACUUGCAAGGGUAAAAGAACUAAUAUCGGGGAGUCUGUAAUUCUUGUCAAAGAACAAGAACGUGAGUUAACAGAGUUUAAGUUAAAAAUGCGGAAAUAUAUAAUAGAUCAUGUUAAUGAAGGUCUAACGAGUAAUAAAUUGAGUGAAUAUAAAUUUUAUUUUUUACACUUUAAUUGGCUUUAUAUUACCCAAGAUAAGAAAAUAUACGCACCUGUUGAAUAUGCUGUUGGAGUAUUUUCAUUAAAACAUGGUAUUGAAAAAUAUCAUCAUAAGCUUAUCUAUAUAAAACCUGAUUUAGGAUAUACUUGGGAAUCCUUAGAAACUAGCCGAUGUAGUCAUAAAAUUCCUCUUGAAUUUUCUGAAGGUGAAAAAGAUUUUCACAAUUUGUAUAUGGAUUUAAUAGAAUUCUUAAAACCAGAUAUGAUUGAUAAUCAAUAUCCACCAUUUUUUGUGAUAAAUAAUAUCAAUAAAGGUGUACAAUCGCUUCUCAAUCAAUUAACAGAAGCAGCAGAAUGUGAUAAUACAUUUAUGGUAUAUUCAAUUGAAUUUUUAUAUACCACAUUGCGUAAUGCUACGCUUAGUAAAAAAUGUAAUCCGGAAGAUUUCAUUCCCAUUCCAGAAAUUAUUGGGGAACAAGAAUUUAUGACUGACAAAUAUUCAUUCGAGAGAAAUAUUGAAUGUGACUAUCAUAAGAAUAUAGAUGGAGGAAGUCAAUUUUGCAGUUUGGCAAUAAUAAAACGAUGGGCAUAUACUAUUUGUGAUUACUGUUGUCAUGAAUUAGGAAUUGAAUUAAUUCCUGGCAUUCAUUGUUCUUCUAGUCGGAUGAAAAAUAUUUUAUGCGAUAAGUUACAGAAUAUUUCAUUGAAUACUAAACGAUACAAUGAUACAAAAUUAUGUUCAUCUGAAGUAAAUCGGGAUUAUAAAUGUAAAGUUUCUAAAAGCAGUAUAGAAGAAGAAUCAAAGCUUAAAAGAAAUAAGAACGAAAAACCGUUAACAAUAAUUGACUAUGCUAAAAUUAACGAAUUACCAUCAUCAUCUUCGGUUUCUCAUUCUGUUAAAUUUGAAAGACCACUUAGACCUCCAAAUACAAAAAGUUUUGCUGCUGUUGUUGCUGGCUCUAGUAAAAAUAUUGAAAAUCAAGAUUUUUCUGAUGUGAACACUCUAUUAGCCAGAGGAAGAGGAUUGAAAAGAACAUCGAACAUGACUAAAUAUGUUACUGGAAGAGGACACGGAGCCAUUUAAUCACAAGCCAAAUAUAUAUACUUUUAAUUAAGAGAUAUUGAAACAUAUUAAUUUUUCUACUUACAUGUGUAAUAUGUAAUAAUGUUUAACGCGUCAGUAUUAUUUUUCUAUUAAUAGGCGAAGAUAAUAAUUUAAUUAGAAACGAAAGAAAUUAAAAGAAAUAUUUACUAUAUGAUUUAUAGACGUGGUGAUAAUUCAUCGAAAAUAUUAUACGAUAAUUAUUAAGAGAG